UGUUAAUUUCCGGAGGGGAAAUGGGUGAAGUUGUCGAUCAUAUCAGCAGGGUACAGUGAUGGAAUAGAGUCGAUAAAGCGACGUUUUAUAUAGGUUUUAGAGAAAAAGGUUUAUAGAUAUUUCAGUUUGAAAAUGUUUUUGUAUACUAAGGUUUCAUUAAGGAAUUUUUUAUUAGCUUUAGCUUGUCUUGCAUCUUGUUAUGAUGGCAACAACAUUGCUGCAAGUCUGUUCCCGGCCAGUCAUGAUUUGGAUGUCAACAACAGUCAACCAAGUGAAAAACCGACAAUUCUGAUUUCUAUCAUAGCAAGAAAUGAAGAGAAAACUCUGCCGACAUAUCUUGGGUACAUAGAGAGGCUGAACUACCCGAAGGAAAAAAUUUCAAUUUUAAUUCAGACUGAUCACAAUGAAGACAAAACUGAACAAAGAUUAAAAGAAUGGAUCAAGCAUGCCAACUUGAUGUACAAAAAAAUUAAAUUUUACACCAAUUCCAGUGAAAGGGUUUUCCAUGAUGCAGCAGGUCCAAAUGAUUGGUCACCAAGCAGAUAUGAACAUGUAUCCAAGCUACGGCAAAGGGCACUGGAUGAAGCUAGAUCUCAAGCUCUUGACUAUUUGCUAGUUUUAGACUGUGACAACUUUCUUUUGAAUCCUAAUACAAUAGAGGCAUUGAUGGCUAAAAAGAAGACUGUUGUUGCUCCAAUGAUACGGGCAUUUAACAAUGAAACGACUUAUUCAAAUUACUGGUGUGGAAUGGAUGAGCAAGGUUACUACAAAAGGAUGCCUGACUAUUUUCCAAUAUUACUGAGGGAGAAAGUAGGAUGCUUCGAGGUUCCAAUGGUUCAUUCGACCUAUCUUAUUGAACUCCGUCAACCGAUUACAAAAGGACUGCGGUACUUUCCACCUUUUGAAGAGUAUCACGGCGAAAUAGAUGACAUUCUUUUGUUUGCAUAUUCUGCUCGGAAAGCAGGUAUCAAGCUCUACAUUUUGAAUGAAGACGAUUUCGGGAGGAUGUUGAGCCCACAGGGGUCAGAGAGAAGCCUGGAGGAUGACCAAAUAGCUUUCACCGAUGCAAAAGUUGACUGGAUAGCAUAUUACAAACCAUUGAUUGAGACGAAUCUCACCAAUCACCGCCCACCUCCAAUUGACAAUCUUGGAUUUGACGAGAUAUACAUGAUUAACCUGGCGCGGAGACCAGAUCGACGCAAAAGGAUGCUGAUGUCCCUGCAGGAGCUUGGACUAUUAGCAAAUGAGCAAGAUGCCGUAGACGGAAAGACUUUAACCAAAGAAAUAAUAGAUGGCAUGGGAAUUCAGCCAAUGAAGGAUUUUCAAGACCCCUAUCUUGAACGGCCUAUAACUAUGGGUGAAGUUGGCUGUUUUCUGAGUCAUUGGAAUAUAUGGAAGGAGAUCGUGGCGAACAAACUGGAAUAUGUGCUGGUUCUGGAGGACGAUGUCCGUUUUGAGCCUGACUUUGUUCGCAAAAUGAGGGAGGUUCUGCAAGAAGCAAAGGACUUACUAUGGGACGAGAAGUGGGAUUUAAUAUACGUUGGGCGAAAACGAAUGUCUCUAACUGCAGAAGAAAGGAUGGCUGGGACGAAAAACCUAGUAUGGGCUAGAUAUUCUUAUUGGACAUUGGCUUACAUAAUGCGAUUGUCUGGCGCGCAAAAGUUGAUUGCCGGUGAACCGCUGAAGCAACUGAUACCGGUUGAUGAAUAUAUACCGAUCAUGUUUAAUGAUCACAACGAAUACGUUGGGCGAAAACGAAUGUCUCUAACUGCAGAAGAAAGGAUGGCUGGGACGAAAAACCUAGUAUGGGCUAGAUAUUCUUAUUGGACAUUGGCUUACAUAAUGCGAUUGUCUGGCGCGCAAAAGUUGAUUGCCGGUGAACCGCUGAAGCAACUGAUACCGGUUGAUGAAUAUAUACCGAUCAUGUUUAAUGAUCACAACGACAAAGAGUUAAUGAGCAAAUUUCCGGUAAGAAACCUGGUAGCUUUGUCUGUUCACCCGCUUUUGGUCUACCCAACGCAUUAUGUGGGUGACAGUGGCUAUGUUAGUGACACUGAAGAUACAGUGACAGUUUUCAAAGAAAAUGCAACAGCAAAUAACGCGACAGAUAACACAACAGCAGAAGUAAACAAUGAAAAGGAAGGGAGCAUAGCAGAAAGGAGGUUCGAGCAACGUAGGACGACGUCACAACUGCAAGGCGAUCUUUAGUUCUGGUAAUCGAACUCUUUCGUGUUUAGUAAAUGAAAUGUAUUUUUCUAAUCUGUAUAGUUGAACUCUUUUAUAGAUUAAUUGUGUUGACUGUUUUCACCUUUUCUAGAAUUUUUAGAUUUUAUCUAUUUAUACUAGCAUGUAGCUCAGUAAUUUCCCCCAUUAAAGAAACUGAAUUAACUAAACGUGAGCCCUACUAAA